AUGGUCAAGGCUCUUGUUCCAGGUGUCAGCAUGUGCUUCAGGAUGGACAAAAUCAAGCUUGGAAUCAAGGAGAUUCUGCAGGAUUCAAGACAGUUCUUUGCUGGAGAUAACGCAGCGCCUCCAGCCACACCCAGGCCCUCGUCAGACUCGUGGAACGAGCUUGCGAGUUUGCAAGAUACAAUCACGGAGGAUAUUACGACCAUUGAGCAAACAGGUGAAGAUAUUGUGGGGCAAGCGGAUAGGAGUGAUUCCGCAUCGUUGUUUCGUAUGCAGAGUAUGAAGACGGCCCUGUGGGAGUUCAUGGAGCUAGUUGCGAGCAUCUACAACUGCCUGGGUCUGGGCGAGCGACUUGUGGACUCUGCUAUACGGGGAUUUUCAGCCCAAUUCGGAGGAGCCAGCGACUGA